AGGUUUAGAGAAUCAUACCAGAAUCGACACCAUUUUUUCUAUAUUAUCAUAUACUUCUAACAAAAAUGUUUCGUCAAUUCUAAAAAAAUAUAAAAAAAAACAUAUCUAUCUACACAUUCUUAUUCUCAAUGCCAUGGUCUUCUGAUAAUGUAAUCACUUUACCAAGCAUUUGGCGUUAAUCCAAUAUCAUUUAGAAAGGGAAUCUAUUUUUGUUAGAUGGGACUAUGACUUACAUUAAUAAAUAGGGCAGUUCAUGGUCAUUAGCUGGUCUAAAUCUUAUUCUGCUAGAUUGACUCUAAUCAUCUACUUUCUAAUAUGAUUGUUGCUGUUCCAAGUGGACUUACGUAAAAAAAACUGAGUGUUGUUAAGCAGAAAGCGACCAGGGCAGUUUUGAAGCAAGAGAAAAUGUAUUUACGAACCCAUGUUAAAGUUUGAUUUUGUUUGAUCUCAAAAAUAACUUCUGCUUUUACAAUCAUACUGAAACAUUGGUCCACAGAACUCAUUUUUACUAGCUUUAUGCAUGAUGCUCAACUGUUCAAUACAUCAUGAUGACACAGUGGAUGAUUAGUGGGCAUGAUUUACAAUCAAAAUCAUAAACAUUUAUUUAGUCAAGGCUGUAGCAAGCAUUUGUGAAGUUCAAAAAGCUACACCAUUGGUUCAUCCCUCACUAAAGGAUAAAUGUGUUAUAGGUUGUCAACAGGAUUGGAUACUAACAUCCAUAUUGAAGUUCAGCCCUACAGAAUAAAGAAAAUCUUGGUUUUUUUUAUUCGCAUUUUAUAUAAAAAGAAAUUGUACUGAAAUGUUAACAUUUAAAUUUAAAAAAAUAAAAACUUUUCUGCAAGCCUUGCAAUGUGAUUUUUCUAAAGCAGUAGCAUUUGUAAGUCAUUCUUAAGCAGAAAAGUCAGAAAUAAUUUGUGUCAUUUUUUGUCCAUAGAUCUGACACUUCAUUAGGGGCCAUAAACAACAUCCACCAUCAAAAUGCAUCGAGCGAGAGUAGUAUUUCAGGCAACCAGUAAAGUUGGCAAUUCUGAAAGAUUUGCAUCAUGGCUUUUAAAAAAACCACAGAAUGCUGCUGUGACAGUAAACACCAAUAGGUGGAAAAGUUCAACAGCAGCAGAGCCAUUCCUCAAUGGAUCCAGUUCAGCAUAUGUGGAGACCAUGUAUAAUUCAUGGCUCACCGAUCCCAACUCAGUGCAUGCGUCGUGGGACGCAUUCUUCCGUAACGCGACCGCUGGUGCUCAACCGGGUGCCGCAUACACAUCACCACCCAACCUCGCGCCGUACAACAAAAACGAAGUUCCACUCACAGCUCUCGUACCAGCCUCCGGUGGCUUUCCUUCCAUUUCCUCAGGAUCACCUAUUAACGAGAAGAUAAUCGACGAUCACCUCGCGGUACAGGCUAUCAUCAGAAGUUAUCAGUCGCGGGGUCACCUCGUGGCGCAGCUAGACCCCUUGGGCAUCACCACCGGCGACCCGACCUCGAGUGGCGACUGGCACGGCGGAUUACGCGCCUUCGCUAACGAAGCUGUCAUUAGGCAGCAUGUUCGAUUCGAUGAAGCCGAUAUGGACAGGGUAUUUAAAUUGCCUUCUACAACGUUCAUCGGUGAAAAGGAAAAAGCCUUGCCGUUGAGAGAAAUCCUGAACCGCCUUGAAGAGGCUUACUGCAACAACAUCGGUAUCGAGUUUAUGUUCAUCAAUUCACUGGAACAAUGCAAUUGGAUCAGGCAGCGUAUGGAGCCGCCCAACGUGACGAAAAUGAGUAACGACCAAAAGAGGUUGAUACUCGCCCGUCUCACCAGAUCUACCGGAUUCGAGAAUUUCUUGGCGAAGAAAUGGUCAUCGGAGAAGCGUUUCGGUCUGGAAGGAUGCGAGAUCUUGAUCCCAGCGAUGAAGCAAGUCAUCGAUGUGUCCACCAAACUCGGAGUCGAGUCCAUCAUCAUGGGCAUGCCUCACAGAGGUCGUUUGAAUGUCCUGGCGAAUGUAUGCCGCAAGCCCCUCCAUCAGCUGUUCACACAAUUUGCUGGCUUGGAAGCCGAAGAUGAUGGUUCCGGUGAUGUCAAAUACCACUUGGGCACAUACAUCGAACGUUUGAAUCGCGUCACGAACAAAAACAUUCGUCUCGCCGUCUGCGCCAACCCAUCUCACUUGGAGGCAGUCGACCCCGUAGUACAGGGCAAGACUAGAGCAGAACAGUUCUACAGGGGCGACAAUGAAGGGAAGAAGGUGAUGUCUAUCCUUCUGCACGGCGACGCCGCUUUCGCCGGCCAAGGCGUAGUGUUCGAGACUAUGCAUCUGUCAGAUUUGCCGGCUUACACCACGCACGGAACAAUCCACAUCGUGGUCAACAACCAGAUCGGAUUCACCACCGAUCCUAGGCAUUCGCGCUCGAGUGCUUACUGCACAGACGUGGCUCGCGUAGUAAAUGCUCCCAUAUUCCACGUGAACGGCGACAACCCCGAAGCGGUGAUGCACGUUUGCAACGUAGCUGCUGAGUGGCGAUCAACCUUCCACAAGGACGUUGUCAUCGACAUCGUCAGCUACCGCCGCAACGGCCACAACGAAGUCGACGAACCAAUGUUCACCCAACCACUCAUGUACCGGAAGAUACGCAACACUAAACCUGUUUUGGAGAAAUACGCCGAUCAAUUGAUCUCCGAGGGCGUCGUAACAGCUGAAGAGGUGAAAGACGUUAGAGAUAAAUACGAGAAAAUCUGCGAGGACGCGUACAACCAAGCCAAGCAAGAGACCCACAUCAAGUACAAGGACUGGCUCGACUCGCCCUGGUCCGGCUUCUUCGAAGGAAAGGACCCCUUGAAGAUGUCCACAACUGGUGUGGUGGAAGAAACUCUAGUCCACAUAGGCAAGCGUUUCUCUUCCCCUCCUCCCAACGCCGCCGAGUUCGAGAUCCACAAAGGCCUUCUGCGUAUCCUCAAGUCGCGUAUGGAAAUGGUCGAGAACCGAACCGUGGACUGGGCCUUGGGUGAAGCGAUGGCUUUCGGCUCGCUGCUGAAGGAAGGCAUCCACGUGCGCUUAUCCGGCGAGGAUGUUGAAAGAGGCACCUUCUCUCACAGGCAUCACGUGCUCCAUCAUCAGAAGGUUGACAAGGCCACAUAUUGCCCUCUGGGCCACCUGUACCCGGAUCAGGCGCCUUAUACCGUCUGCAACAGUUCACUAUCGGAAUAUGGUGUGCUCGGCUUUGAAGUGGGCUACUCGGUCACCAAUCCCAACGCCCUAGUGCUAUGGGAGGCUCAAUUCGGUGAUUUCAACAACGUUGCCCAGUGCAUUAUCGAUCAAUUCAUAUCCAGCGGGCAGGCCAAGUGGGUGAGACAGUCUGGAAUCGUGCUAUUGCAACCCCACGGUAUGGAGGGCAUGGGGCCCGAGCACUCUUCAGCCCGUCUCGAGAGAUUUUUGCAAAUGAGCUCUGAUGAUCCCGACUACAUGCCGCCAGAGAGCCCCGAUUAUGAAGUUCGCCAACUGAUCGACUGCAACUGGAUUGUGGCCAACUGUUCGACGCCCGCUUCAUACUUCCACAUCUUAAGGCGUCAAAUCGCAUUACCGUUCCGCAAACCCCUUAUAUUGAUGACACCCAAAUCUCUACUACGCCACCCCGAGGCCAAAUCAUCCUUCGACGAUAUGAACGAAGGCACUUGCUUCAGGAGAGUUAUUCCCGAGGGAGGCGCGGCCGCGAACAAUCCCGGCAACGUCAGAAAACUAGUCUUCUGCUCAGGACGCGUCUACUACGACCUGUUGAAACAUAGGCGCGACCGCGGUCUCGAUGCGGAUAUCGCUAUUGCUAGAUUGGAGCAGAUCUCGCCGUUCCCCUACGACCAGAUCAAGGCGGAGAUUGCCAAGUAUCCUAACGCCCAGCUUGUAUGGAGUCAAGAGGAGCAUAAGAACAUGGGCUCGUGGAGCUACGUGGAGCCCCGGUUCCGUACCCUACUGCAAAACCAGAAGCAGAUCUGCUACAACGGAAGGGCAACCGCCGCCUCGCCCGCUACAGGCUCCAAGGCCGCCCACAAUAAGGAGUUGAGGAACCUCCUGGAUGAAUUCUGCGUCUUAUAAAGGAACAUCUAACUAUUCUAAAAAUUUUCUCCAUUCUGGUUAUGUAUUCUUUCGGUUGCCACCACUUUCAAAGUUAAUCCUAGUGAACUUUUGUAGAUAUACAAGCUUUUUGUUACUAUUCCAAAUGUAGGCAGUGUUGGUUACCUAAAAUAGUAAUAAAAAAGUGGCAGCCCUCACCGAAAUUAUACAUGUAAUUUAACCGACACUAAUAAUACUUUAUCUCGAAACGAAAUUUACCUUUGACAAUUUUCAGUUUUCGAAAAUUAUCAUUACUU